GCUCCCGCCAUUCCUUUAAAGCUUCCCCUUCCCCUCCUCUGUUUCUCACACUCUUGUUUCUUUCAACACAAAAAAAGUUCUUUGUUUUAAUCAAUCAGAAAUAUCGCAAAGUUUGGAUCAUGGAUACUCAUGUAGUACAUUCUCGUGUUGAAGGUGAGGAGGAGGAGCACCAUGAGAAGACGUCGGUUUUGAAGAAGGUGAAGGCGAGAGCGAGGAAGUUGAGGGAUACUAUCACAGGGCAGGGCAAUCACGGCCAUGAACCCGAAGGCCAUCAGACUCCUGAUAAUGAUCAAGAUCUGGAUGAGGAGGAUGACGAAGAUGUAGACGACCCAGAUGUCCAUGGUGCACCAAAAUAUGACUCGGCAGUUAAGAAAACUGAUGCUCCUGUGCAAGGCGACAUUUUGAAGGUGCCUGUGGGGAAUUUCGGAGACACUAGAGCGGGGCAUGAUGAGCAUGAACCUGUAGUUCCAAGGGAGAAUUCUAAUGUCAAUGUCAGUGAUCCAUUGAGAUCUAAUGUGCCUGAGCUACAUGGAACUACAGACCACGGUGCAAUGCACAACUCUACCGCGACUAGGAAGACUGAUGCUCCUGUGCAAGGAGGCAUUCAUUUUGGAGAGACGCACCAUGAAUAUGAUCCUGUAGUGCCAAAAGAGAGGUCUAAUGUCGGAAUAAGUGAUCCGAUGAGGGACUCUGUGCCUGGGCAAAAUCGAACUACUACAGGGCAUGAGGAUCUUUUGGGAGGAGCAAGGACCAAACUGGCUGCUCCAACAACUGGACCUGUUCUUAAGCAUGAAGAGCCAAAGGGAUUGGUUGAUGUAAUUGGAGGAGGUCCUCAGGCGUCGCAUAACACCCCUGUUUCUUCUCUUCCUCAUCAUGGAAAUUACAACACUAGUACCACUGAUGUUGACCCAGGUAAGACUUUUGUCUCCGGGCAAGGAGAGCAUUUAGGUCAGACUAGGGUCAAAUUGGGGAAUACUGAUGUGCUAGGGGAAGGGACUCCCAAAUUGGGGAAGACUGAUGUACUAGGGGAAGGGACUCAUGUGCCACAGAGUACCCCUGUUUCUUCUGGAACUCACAGAAGUGCCAUGGACGUCGACCCUAGGCAGACAUUUGUUUCCGGCCAGGGAGGGCAGUUAGGUCAGUCCAGGGUCAAUUUGGACCGACCUAGCGGACUUGAGGAAGAUCCUCAUUCACCUAAGGCCAAUCCUCAAGCUCACACUCCUUCAAAUUACGAGACCGAAGUCACUGAUCCCACUAAAUCUGGUGGUGAGGAAAUUGGAGUCACACCAAUGCUCCAUUCCUUCGAUAAGAUGAACCUUCAGGAUGAUGAUUGCCAAUACUUGAAGAACGGUGACAAACAAAACCCGUCUACCGGAAGCCAUGACCAACUCUCUCCUGAUAAACCAUCGAACCAGGGCAGCAGCUACACUGAAAAAAUCUCAUAUGCCACUUCAGCCAUUGCCGACAAGGCAAUUGCGGCAAAGAAUGUAGUUGCUUCCAAGUUGGGAUAUGGCGGGAAUGAGCCUGAUCAUGAUGACUACUCGAGAGGCUAUGUUACUGGUGCUGGGAAGUCUGGUUCAUCACCUCGGAACAAAGUACUUGAUCCCUCUACUAACCAAUUCAUACCAGCAGAGACUCCACAAGUCCGAGGAACCAUCAAACCGGACGAUGUCCCCACAACUGAUCAGAAGCCAGUUCAGACGGGCGGAAGCUACACUGAGAGGAUUUCAUUUGCGGGAUCUGCCAUUGCUGACAAGGCGAUGUCCGCAAAGAAUGUUGUUGCUUCCAAGCUGGGAUAUGGGGCAACUGAUCAGGUGCAUGACAGGGAAAAUGUUACUCGCACUAAUGUGCAGUCUGGGACAUCGGCAGCGGACGGCAAUACGAUUACCUCUAAUCAAGCCGGACAGAACAAAGGGGUGUCUGUGAAGGACUAUUUCGUGGAGAAGCUGAGGCCCGGAGAGGAGGACAAAGCGCUUUCGGAGGUUAUAAGUGAGACAUUACACAAGCCUAAGCCGGGUGUUAAGCAAGAGACAGGGGACUCUGCUACUGCUAGGCCCAAGGGGAAGGUGACGGAGUCGGCUGAGGUGAGGCAGCGUUUGGGGAAUACCGAGGGGAAUGAGAAUUUUGUGGUGGACAAGAUUGAGGAUAGUAUUGGUUCAAUGCUUGGUGGUACUGGUAAGAGUGAUGAAGAACGUGGGCAAGGUCUCUCUAGCUCUGCUGCUACCGGGGAGGAAGAUCAGCACCGGAGGGUACAAGUAUCUGGCAAAUGAAGGAGGACUAUUACUAAGACUAUGGUGAAUAAUUAGUUGCUGGGAGUUUGUUUUGCGUAUGAUUUGAAACGCUUGUGUGUAGCGAACUAGCGACUUGACUAGACAAGGUUUUACUCCUGGCGAUUAUUAUGUAUGUAAUCUAUGUUUUAAUGUAACUGUUUGUGUUGUUUGAUAUGUGUGCGAAAGUGGAAAAACGUAACGCAUGACUUGAGUCGAUGUAAUGAAAUUUGGGUUGUUCGGUGUUUCAA